AUGAUAAUUAUGAAUCAAGUUACAUCAUUUCUAGAAACACAAGCUUAUUACAUACAACAAAAUAUUUAUCAGCUGUUAUCUUCAGAACUCAAAAAUGGUAAACCAUAUACUUUCAUUUUGCUAAUUAUAGGAGGUUUAAUUACUAGCUUAAACCCAUGUUUUAUAUCAAUAAUACCUGUAAUAGUAUCAUAUAUAAAUUAUAACAAAAAAGAGGAUAAUUAUAGAUUGAUGGUUAUUACUGGAUUAGUAGCUAGUCUUAUAACAAUACUGACUGUUAGUAUAAUACUCAAUGACUAUUAUAAAAUAAUUAUAUUGAAUAUACCUAUUUUUACAUCUUUAAUAGUUAUUAUUAUAGGUUUAAAUUUAUUAAGUAUUGUAAAUUCAAACUUUUUUGGCUAUAUUUUUCUAUCACAUAAUAAAUUAAAGAAUAAUGCUAAUAUUUCGAACUUUUUUUUAGGAUUUAUUUUUGGAUUAAGCUCUUGUAGUUGCAGUACUCCUAUUUUAGCCAGUCUUAUAAUAUGGCUAUACAAUAGUAACAAUUUUUUGCUAAGUAUUAUUUAUAUAAUAUUUUAUAUAAUAGGCUAUAUAAUACCUAUUAUUAUCUUGAUCAGCAUAACUAAUAAUUACAAUAAUAUAACUAAAUUAUCUCAAUUAUGGAACUAUGUUAUGCCAUUUAGUGGCUCUAUUGUACUUGGUAUAGGUAUCUUCUCAUUUUUAGAAAAUAUAUUCUAUAUUUAUUAA